AGACUUUGUGGGUCGCGGAGAGAAGAUAAAAGAUGUGCCAUGGCAGGAUAGCACCAAAGAGCACCGCAGCGUUGGCCGUGGCCUCCGCGGGACAUGGAGUGUUCCUUCCACUGGUGAUCCUUAGCACCCUCCUUGGAGACAGCCUUGCCUCAGUGUGCUCCCUGCCCCCGGAGCCAGAGAAUGGCGGCUACAUCUGCCACCCCCGGCCUUGCAGAGACCCCCUGAAUGCGGGCAGCGUCAUUGAGUACCUGUGUGCCGAAGGCUACAUGUUGAAGGGCGAUUACAAGUACCUGACCUGUAAGAAUGGAGAGUGGAAGCCAGCCAUGGAGAUCAGCUGUCGUCUCAACGAGGACAAAGAUACCCACACGUCCCUCGGGGUCCCCACGCUGUCCAUAGUGGCUUCCACUGCCAGCUCCGUGGCACUCAUUCUCCUCCUUGUGGUGCUGUUUGUGCUGCUGCAGCCGAAGCUGAAGUCGUUCCAUCACAGCAGGCGCGACCAGGGGAUAUCUGGUGACCAGGUGUCCAUCAUGGUGGAUGGAGUCCAGGUUGCGCUCCCGUCCUAUGAGGAAGCUGUGUAUGGCAGUUCUGGUCACUGUGUGCCACCUGCUGACCCCAGGGUGCAGAUCGUGCUGUCAGAAGGGUCUGGGCCCAGUGGGAGGAACGGGCCAAGGGAGCAGCAGUUGCAGGACCAAGGGGCCUGUUCCUCUGCGGGUGGAGAGGAGGAGGCCCCAGGCCAGUCUGGACUAUGUGAAGCCUGGGGCCCUCAGAGCUCAGAAACAGUGAUGGUGCAUCAGGCAACCACCUCUUCCUGGGUGGCCGGCUCAGGGAACAGCCAAGUGGCAUACAAAGAAGCCCCAGAUUCGGAGAACAGUGACAUACAAAGCCUUUUAUCCCUCGCAUCGGAGGACUACACAGAUGGUAGGUGGUCUGCACUGAGCAUGAAUUAUGAGCCUCUUGGCGGCCUUGCGGGGAGUGAGGAAGGACUGAGAGCCUCUCUAAUAAUUGGGUAUUGGGGGGGCAAAGGAAGAUAAUACCUGGGGGAUUAGCCUACAAAGUAAGGUCUCACCCUCAGCUCCUGGGGGGUGCUUUGGGCUCUGUAUAGGAGACUUUUGACUGUUGUCUGUGAAUCUUGAUAGUUUGGAGUUUCCAAAACUAUUUGUGGCCACAGGGCUGUGCUAAAUCAAAGGGAGGACAGCUUGUUGGAGGUGGGAGCGGGGUCUGUUCUCCUGUUAUAAUUUUUAUGUUCCUGAAAGGAUAAGAGUGACAAGGAGGUAUGGGGUCACAUUACAGAGAAAACGAGCUGGUCUCUCUUCCAGGGCAUUCAGCAGUUUCAUUUGAAACAGGAGUAUGACACUCCUGUGUAGUCGGUUCUCUUGCAUUAUCUCGGUUAAACCUCACAGUGAUCCUGAGAAGUAGGUGUUAUUACCAUUCCUACUUUACAGAUGAGGAAACUGAGGCCAGAACGUAUGUCACUUGCCCAUUGGUAAGGGGCUGAGCUGGGAUUUGAAGCCGGAUGGAUCUGGCUCUGAAGCCUGUUUAUAACCCACAGUGCCAUGCUGCCUCGCAGGUGACUUCGGGUUCUCUGUGGCAAGCCAGUCGUAGAAGGAAAUGGCCACUUCCUGACCUGUCUGCCUUUUCUGGAGCCUGGAGAGUUGAAUAUUGGGAUUGACCCAGUCACUUUAAACAGUAUCUUUACAUGAAACCCCAGUGUGGUUCAGGAUGCAGCCUAAACCUAGCUGUUUCCCUUUGGACAGGGAGGCUUCUGCACUAACCAGGCUCCUCGGAAAGCCAGCGUGGAAUCAGUGUGCCCUUGGGAGUCCUGGACCCAGUUAAUGUCUGAGGCUUAGAGUAUCUGAAAGCAAAGAAGUUGGAAAUUCUUGAAUGCAGAUCACGUUUAGGAGUUUCCUGAAACCAACAGCAUGCCUUCUUUUGGUGGGAUAGAGAGCUAGGAAGGGGUCGCUACACAGUUGACCCAGAUCUAAAGGUGGAAGCCAGUGACCCCGUGGAUAGCCAGCUAUACAUAUUAUGUGUCUGCACUUACUGACACCUGACCCAAGUGCACUUCUCGGCCCUUACUUUUCUCAGGAGCCUUGAUGGUGCCUGCUCUUUUCCCUUCUUCUCCUUGCUACCUUGCUUUGUUCUGUUUAUUGAACAAGCAUUUUUGAGAACCCGUCUUGCGCCUGGUGCUAGUUAGGUUUCUGGGGGGAUAGAAAGUAAGUUGAAAGCUGCUCUCUGCCUGCAUGGAUGGUCAGUCGUUUGGGAAGAUCAGGCCUAUAUUUGAGAAAUAAUGGAACCAGGAGUUGUAGGGUCCAUGUCAGAGUGAGGGCCACAGAAAAGAUACAGUUUCUCCAGCUCGUUGCAGUCUGACUGAGCCGUCUGCACCUGAUGGCCCGGUAGGAAGUCAGGACCUCGAGGCAUCAGUGUAACCAGGUGGACAUAAAAGGAGACCAAGACCCAGAGAGAAGUGAGUUACUCAAUAUCACACAGCUGGUGGAUGGCCGUAAGGAGGAGGUGGGACCUAAGCAGGGCUCCGCAGCCUUAUAACGUGAGAUUAAGGAUAGAAAGAGAAGCAACUAGACCAGCAGAGUCAAGGCAGAGAGGAGGUCCAAGGUAGUGGGACCAGAGGGGAUUCGAAUACUAGACUGAACAUUCAGAUUUUAUCACAGAGAUAGGGGGAGAGAUGAACAAGGAAGGCCUGAAGAAAGGGCUGAGGGGUUUAGACUCAUUAGAAGUCUAAUUUUUUUAAAUUAAUUUAUUGAUUUUAGAGAGAGA